AAUGCGGUGACGAGUCCAAUGUGUACGAUUCGGAACGAUACAUCGCGAGUGGCACACGCAAACCGGUCAAACGCCGGCCGGUCGUCUCUAACUUACGAUAAAAAUCGUAAUUUGCGCCCAACAAACCGUUGCAUUUAUAUUUUUUGUGGCGGAAUACAAGUAUUUUUUCCAAAAAGUGAUCACGUGACUGCAAUUUGAGGUUAUAAGAGGAGAGUGCGGCAUGGUGUUAUUGUGAUUUGGGCCAUGGCACACCAUACGAGCUAGAUUAAACGGGGGAUUUUAUUUGAAACGCUGUAAAAUGGAGGAGGGCAAGAAAGAAAUCAAUCUAGACUCGGUGCUGGAAAGCUUGGGACCUUACGGCAGAUACAACUUGUUGAAUUUCGUGCUACUACUGUAUCCAGUACUUUUAAGUAGUUUCUUUGAGUGCGGAUUCAUUUUUGAAGCUCAGGAACAGAUUUACAGAUGUGAGGUGAACGGCUGCGAACAGAGAUUCAACGACACAUCCUGGCUCAACUACGCCAUACCCACAGACCAUGAGAAGAACAGACCCCAAUCCUGCGUCAGAUACGCACCACUUACCAACAGCACGGAUUUACAAUGUCGCCCUGAAGAGUUCUCGACCAAUCACACAAUACCCUGCGAGAGCUUUGUCUAUGAGGAGAAUCAUUCGUUUGUGAGAGAGUUCAACCUAGGUUGUCAAGAAUGGAAGAGAGCGUUAGUAGGAACGAUCCACAACUCGGGAAUGUUCUUAGCUAUGUUGUUCACUGGAGCUAUAUCUGAUCGGUUUGGGCGGAAGAUCGCCGUGGGCUUCACCUCCUGUGCCAGCUUUAUCUUUGGAGUGGCCAGGUCUUUCUCUCCAGGGUAUCUCACUUACGUGGCCCUGCAUUUCCUGGAGGCUGGUUUUGGAGGAGGGCUGUAUCCUUCUGCUUAUGUAUUUAUUGUAGAACUGGUUGGCCUGAAGCAACGUGUGAUCGUCUCUGCUAUGUGCAACAUGACGUUCGUCAUUGGCGUCGCCCUUAUUGCCCUCCUCGCGUGGUGCGUCGACAACUGGAGGACCUACAUCCUCAUCCUCUACUGCCCCGCGAUCAUCACCGUCAUUUACAUCUGGUUCAUGAAUGAGAGCGCCAGGUGGCUUCUCAGCAAAGGCAGGAGAGACGAAGCCAUUACUGUUCUAAAACGAGCAGCGAAGAUCAACAAUUUGGAUCCAAGGAAGUUAGAACUGGACGCCUUGGGAGAUCCAUUACUAAAUACACAGGAUAAAGGCGAUGAUAAGAAAUCUCAAUUGUCAAAGGCAAUAAGGUCGAGUAUUAUUUGGAAGAGGCUGGUGAUUUGCUCGUUUCUGUGGAUGACUUGUUCGCUGGUGUACUACGGAUUGUCGAUCAACUCUGUAUCACUGAGCAGUAAUAGAUAUGUGAGUUUCAUGCUGGUGACGUUGGUAGAGGUCCCGGCGUAUAUCGUGGUUGUGAUUGUGCUGGAUAAGUAUGGGAGGAAGAAGACAUUGGUGGCGACGUAUAUUACAUGCGCGGUGAUGAGUUUGCUCUUCGCGUUUUUGCCUAGAUCGGACUACUGGUCCAUACCGCUCUAUCUGAUCGGCAAAUGGAGCGUGACCCUCGCGUACAGCUCCGUGUAUAUCUACGUGUCGGAGGUGUUCCCUACGAACAUGCGGCAGACCCUCAUCAGCGUCUGCUCCACUGCUGGCAGGAUCGGCUCGCUUAUAGCGCCUGUUACACCACUGCUGUCAUUAUACCACAAAUCGAUGCCGACCGUCAUAUUCGGGGCCAUGUGCAUCAUCUCAAGCAUGCUGGUCCUCAUGCUGCCGGAGACCAGGAACAUGAGGCUCCCAGACACCAUAGAAGAGGCUGAACACCUAUCCAGGAUGAAGAGCAAAUCAGCAACACCCUCACUUUAACCAAUAUGAGACUGAAGGAUACCGAAUUUCCUCAUAAUUUAGUUAAACGGCUAUGGAUCAUCGGUUUUUGCAUUAGCGCCAUUCUGGUUCGCGUCAGUGCUACAACAAUGAACCGUAACACCUUACAAUAAUGUUCAAGGUUGCUGUGCCGAGUAAUGACGUUAAGGAUGAUGGUAACCCUUGAUUAUAAGGUAUUAACUUCCAUUUUGGCUGGCUGAUUUACUUAUGUAAACUAUAGCUAACGACUUAUGAUCUUCAGAUAGCCCUAAAGAUUGGCGAUAGAUAUCUCGAUAUAACAACUAUGCAAUCCAGAGUCCAUGGUUGAUCCAUGAUUCAAUUAAAAUAGAGGCACUGGUUCAAGUCUUCAUUCUUGCUAUGUCAAAAAACCCUGUAAAUCUACUUAAUAAUAAUGCGUCUGAUGCGAACUGGGGCAUAUCUAUAACCUGGCAUGACGACAUAAUGCCAUGGGCCCAGGACUUCACGAGGCCUUAGGCUGAAAAGAGACCCCGACAGACCGUGAGUUGUCUUGAGACCCUGGUGCACAGGCUUGAUGUUCAGUUUACUUUGCCACAAUAAUGCCAAGUGGCCAUUUCUUGAAGGCACCGGUCUAUACCAUGUGGCUAGCCUCUAUAACUGACCCAAUACUUGGUCCUAGUGUAGUAAUUUCUGUGCCCUCCAUAUUAUCCGCCCUGUGCCUGAACACCGCUGAAACACGGUCUUUCACGGGUGUGGUGAGCCUGUAUAACUGCGCUCAUGUAUGACCCAAGCUUUGGUCCUGGUGUGAUUUUUGCCAGAGGUCUGCCCCCUGUGUCUGGGCAAGUCAUUGCACCGCCCAAGUUAACUGGACUUGCCAAGUGCCACGUUACUGCGGAUUGGUUUAACGCGUGGUAGUAUAAUAUUUAAUCCCUAAAGACCAUUUGCAGCUAAUUAACUUAUGCCUUAUAUACAAUGUAUUUAAGAUGUUUUUACAAUAGUCGUGCGUUGAUUCGCAGACGCGAGCUUCCAUACAUUGUAACUUUAUAACUUUACACAAUGUAAAAUACUUCAUAUUGUAUAAGAGAAAUCUUGUGUUUAAUUUUGGCAUUGUAUGUUUUAAAUAAUGUAUAUAUCGCUAUAAAGGAAAAUAUAAUGUUAAACACAAUAUACCUGUAUAAGUAUGUGUAUUGCUAUAUGUCGGUAAGAAAUAAAAUUCACGUAUUAAUUAUCCAUAAUAUUUAAAUUGAUGAAUGAAAAUUUUAUAGGUAUUUAAGGGCCUAUCCACACUAUAUGUCUACUAUAGACGUCAAUCUAGUAAUAUUGACGUCAAAAGUCGCUCUUAAGUUCACGUCAAUCACAGAAAAGUACACAUUUGAAGUAGGCCAUGGAAUUUACGUUGAGUCAAAAUUCAAAAAAAGAAUUCCAACGGCCUCAACUCACGCGCAAUGCAAUCACAACCUUAGUUUAUACGAAAUGCACAAUGAAUGAUGUCAAAUUCCAAUGUAUUAUUAAUGUUUUUCCAAUUGGUUCUUGUGUACAAAACAAACUGUAUUUAUAUUUGUGAAUUGUAAUAUACAUUUGUUUACUUAAGUUAUAUACUUAUUACUUAACUCGAAUCAAAUUACUUUUUGCACUAACUACUUAACCUAGGUUAAUAAUAUAAGUUAUAAAUAAUUAUACAAUAUGGAAUUAUGUUAAUUAUAAAUAAUCCUUUUAAAUGAACUCCUAAUAAAAUUAAGUAAAAUAAUACUGAAAAUUAAUGCGAAGGUGUAUUUAUAAAUGUUUUUUGAGGCUAUAAUAAAAUUUAAAAGUAAAAAUUCCUAAUUCGAACUAUUCCUAGGCUUUUACAAAAAAAAUAUUACUAAAAAGGAUUUAUAUCAUUGAUAUUUAUUUCCAGAGAAUAAUUAAUAUAAAAACCUACAGAUUUAUGCAGUAUUUCCUAAUUAUGUUAAGUGUGCACGUUUUUUAUAUAGAGCCUUAGCAUGGGACCAAUAUGGCGGGGUUUAUGUGUCGUCCAUAUAUGAAAUACGGCAUUUACAAAAAAAAAUACAUUUUGCACUGCAUUCCAAAAAAAAGCACGAGAAUAAAUUUGGCAAAAAUUUAUUAAUUAAAAAUCAAUAUUUAAGAUUUUGCACCAACUUUUUAGCAAAUAUAGGGUUCAUAUUUAAUAUUUUUAUUUUUUAAAUAACAUUACAAAUAAUUCAAGGAUAAACGCAAAAUGUUAUUUCGCACUCGUAUAAAGAAUUAAAAAUAAGGUUUUAUUUAGUGGAAA